UGACGAGGCAGCAUAAUGUUUCGCUGCAGGAUCAGGACCUGAGACCAGAUUGCAGACAACUGAGAGUAUAAACUCAAAUAAAUUAAGCCCACUAAAAGUGGGUGGAGUGCCGGUAAACCAACCAAGAUGUGGACGCAGAGAAAUGCAGUCGGCAAUUGGCUGUUGGUCUUAACAGCCGUUAUCGGAUUUCUAACUUUCAUAUGGAUUCCGCAGACCUCAGCCGAAUGUCAAACGCGAUCGAUUUACUGCUAUGAGUGCGAUUCCUGGACAGAUGCCCGCUGCAAGGAUCCCUUCAAUUAUACUGCCCUGCCAAGGGAUCAACCUCCCUUGAUGACCUGCAACGGUUGCUGCGUGAAAAUGGUGCGGCAUCAGAGAUCACCGUACGAGGUGGUGCGACGCAUGUGUACGUCACAGUUACAGAUCAAUUUAUUCAUGGUCGAUCACGUGUGCAUGAUGGAAAGUUCAGGCAAUGGACAUAUGUGCUUUUGUGAGGAAGAUAUGUGCAAUUCUAGUAAAGAUUUACUCACUAACGGUUGCCAGCUGCAUCUCAUACCCAUCGCAGUGGCAGUGUCAUGGCUAAUGGGUCAAUUGCUCAGCAGAUAGAAAGUGUUAGGCUCACCCACAGAAAUCCACACACAUACAAAACAUACAAAAAACACCUUGACUAAAUCCUACACGAACUCACUAUCUAUCUUCCUCUCUAUCUAAGCGUAUGAUUUGUAGCUUGAUUUGAUUUCAUUACGAUAACAGUUACGAUUGAUUUCCUUUUGGAGCACUGUUUUCGAAGAAAGGACUUCGAGUAGUUUGAUCAGCACCAAUCGAAAGCUCGAGUACCCGAUCCAGGAAUGUUAAUGCAUACCAAAGCUUCCAAUGACAGAAGGCUUUCUCUGUUCUCUGUUCUUAAUCACACACGGUAGACACACACUAAAGCGAGCUUUGGAUGCACAGAGUUCUUCAGAUGCGAACUUAAAUGAAUCGCAUCGAAAUCGAAUCGAUAUUUGAAUUGCAUGUUGUUGAUGCUAAAGCUGAAGCAUGUAGCGCUUAAGUAGGAAUCGUAGUAAUUAUUACAUUUUUAUUUCGUUGUUACUUACAUUUGUAAAUGCCCCGACCAGAGGGAUAAACCAAAACCAAAAACAAGAAAACCAAAGCCAGUAAUCGAUUCAAACUUUAGUACGUUAAUAGACUUACUUUAAAACAUUUGUCCAAAUCUUAUGUAAACUUGGAAUAACUAGACACCCCCAGACACACUGUAUAUAUUUCCAGCCCUGAAAAAGAUCAUCCCAAAAGUAUUUGCAGUGACCAAGUGAAACAUUUGCUCAUCUUGUUUAUUCCAAAGUCGGAAGAGAACUGCAUAAUGCAUAAAACGUUAUUUUGUUGUUAAUACUCGGUAUCCUAGAUCCUAGCCAUUAAGCUGUACUCUCGGUUCUCGCUUGGAGCCUACAACAAAAAACAAAAAUCAAAGAACCCCACGCAUCAUAUCACGUAACGAAGCAACAAUGAGACCGAAUUUUGGUAAUCUAUCGAUCUUAAAGUAGUUUGCCUCAUAGAACCUGCCACCAGCACCAAACUGUAUAAAGUACCGAUCACCCUGGUCCCUUUGGUUUAUGUUCAACAAGUGAUAAUUAGAUUGUAAGUAGAUGAUACCCGAUCCCAAUUCCGAUCCCUAACCCUCAGAUCCGUAAUACAACCCGUAUCCCUCAUUAUGAAAUUGAAAUUGAAUCAAUUCUCAUUCAUGCUAGUGAUAGUUUUAAAACGAAUCGAAUCGAAUCGGAACUUAUAGCUUACAUAGCUUAUGAUUUACAUUUUUGGAAUUUUACGUAAUGUUAUAAAUUAAUAGUUAUGAUUAUGAUUAUCAUCUCGACUAGAGUAUUCGACUUGAAGUUUUGUAUUCUAAGCGUAAACCUUUUCAUUUGUAUAAUUAAAGAUUGGCUAAUAAACAACCAUUUUUACCAUAUAUCUCUAGCAAAAUUUACUCUCAACUUUUGCUGUUUAACUUUUAGCUUCAAUUUGCUUUAUCUACUUGCUACUCACUUAACCAACUUUUCAACAUUCGUGCACUUUUGCCCACGCAUUUGUAUGAUAUUAACCCCUAGACUUGGCUUUAGUUGAAAAAUGCUUCACGAAAAUAUUAAAAAAAAAAAAACAAUAGAAUAUCCAUAUCCGUCCAGCACAGGUAAGUCACAAGCAAAACAAAAAAAAACUCUAAUCCAAAAAGUACAGUUGCGCACCGUUUUCUUAGUUCGCUCUUGCCUCGCUCGUAGAUGGAUGGGAUAUCGGAUUUUAGCCGGCCUAUCUUGGUGGUACACACAAACACCUUCACUCCAGCACCCUUCUACUCCUAAAUCCCUCCCCCAAACCCCCCUCCUUUCCACAAAACCCCCUAAACCUAGCGAAAAUUCCUAAUGCAAUGUUUACACUAUUUGUUUUUAAUUUCAUUUUGUAUGGUUUCUUGCUUUCCUGGUAUGUUGGUUUGUUCAAUAACAGAUAAACUUAUAUAUUUUAACCACAAAUAUCUAACCGAUUUUGGUUUGUGAAUGUUGACAAUAUUCUUAUAACCAGUAUUUGAUUGAUUGAUUGACGGUUAAUGCGUUUCAAAGUUAAAACAAAAACAUUAAUCGAAAACAGGCAAUGAAGUUAAACAACAAAAUUAACACACACGGAUUUUGUAGUGCAAAACUAACAUAUUUUAAUUUAGUACUUUUUGUAGUUCCAACAUCUAUCUCAGCGCCAACACACUCUCUAUUUCUCUUUCUCUGUAUCUCCUCUAUAUCUCUCUGUAUAUCUUUCUAUUUAUUUAACUAUCUCUCACUCUUUCCUAACAACUCCGUUUGAUCUAAGACUCUUUUUACUAACUUUCUUCCAAAAACAGAAACCACAUAGAACUCUAGAGACACACCUGUAGCAUAUAGUAAAACAAAAAUAAAACAAUAAAAAAACACGCAAAAACACAAAAGCCACUCACUGAAUGCUAGCGAAAUAUAUACAGAAAAUACAAUACAGUUACAGAAUAAGCGAUGCACUUAGAGAAAACACUCAAACAACUCAUGAAUAUACUAAAAACCAAUGGUGAAUUUUUACUACUUGUAGGCGCGUUUUUUCAAACAGAACAUACAAUUAAAUACCGUUUUAAAGAGCCCGAUAAUGAUGGGCUUAAGCUUGACAUCCAUAGAUUCCUCACAAUACAAAAAGCACUAAAUUAAUAUCAAAGAUCUUACCAAUAUAGCGAAAUGCUUAGUAAAAUGAUUAUUGGUAUUGGUUGAUGAAUAUUGCAAAGAAAAAAGAGAAAAACCUAGGAGACACAAAAAGCUCAAAAACCAACUCUCUAGAAGAAAUCAGCAGUCGCUUUUAUGUUUUAAGUUUAGAUAUUGGUUCGUUUUUUUUUCAAUUAUUCAUCUUGAAUAUAGCAGAUAAUUCCAAUUUUUUUGUAUUGAGUUAACACCUCAGCUCUCCACGCUCACAUCUGGUAAUUCCCACCUCUCGCUCAAUCACUCACCUUUUCACCUUCUCACCUCAACUCACCUUGUCAAAUGGCAUCCACAUAUGUUCCACCAGUGGCGUACACAAGAAUUUUGUUUGUUUGGUGGAUUUGAAAUUUGAAUUAUAUUUUUCAUUUGUUGUAAAAAGGUAAAACCAAAUAAGAACUUAAAUUUUGUUUCAUAUCAGAUUUAUUUUUUACUUUAGAUAAUUUGAAUUAAAAAAACAAAAAAAUUCUUGUACGCCACCGUGUUUCACCACCAACAAGGUUGCUCAGGUGCGAUAGAGAGCUCUUUCUGUCCCUCUUUCGCAGCUGUGCCACGCCCCUCCACCCACAGCCACCCACGAAAAUGGUGCUUUUUCACAUACGACACCACUGUCUGACUAUGUUUUUCAUCAUGUACGCCAUCGCAAUCCAUGCACAGUGGUCGCAAUGCCGCGACAGCCGUAUCACAAAUGCAAACAAAAAAUAUUAUUUAACUUGUUAAAAGUUAAAGCUUGGCAUUUGUGGCCGGCAGGCGCGCGUGCAUUACCGAGCAUCUGAAACUUCGAGGGUAAAAAUGAAAAAUAUGGCGCCGCCUGUUACCGGCGAACAUUCCCAAAAAAUCGCUUUUGGCCACAGACGGUCGCCGCCCCAACUGUAAUUGUGAACAUCCGUGCGGCCAUUCCCCAAAAAAAAAAUAAAACAAAUAAUAGAUGCCCCAAAAAAGUGAGGAUACAAAAUGCAGCUGAAAAAACCGUUGGAGGAUCGGCGCGGGAAAUUAUCAAAUCAAGCUUCUUCUGCUUGGGGCUUUAAAACAAAGCUUUGAGGCUUACUUUUUACUAAGCAGGUGCUUCCAACUCGCUUUGCUGGACAAAUACAAACAAAAAAAAACGAAAAUAAUUACCAUUCAAAAUCGCUUGGCCAACUCAGCAUACUCCCUGAAAAUCGUUAAAGAAUAUCGACAAUAUUUUAAUUGUAUUCCAAAAAGUAAAGAUUUAAAGUCAACGAGCACCUUAAAAACUACCAAGACAUUGUAAUUAGCAAAUAAACAAAGUUAAGCAAAACAGCGAGUACGAAAAGCCUUGUAAGAGAUUAUAAUAAAUCAAAAGCAUUUAAAGGAAAAA